GUAGGUCUCGGGAGUGAGUAAGACACUCCAAGUCGCUUCCACGUUGUUUACUUUCAGAUCUCGUGUCCACUAUAUUAUCGUCGACUCCGUCUCAGAGCGCCAUUGUUCUGAAUAUUUAGUGCUGUCGGUAGAGGCUGGGACCAGGCACUCGAAUCCGUUGUUGGAAAGAAGCACGAUGAAGGCCACCACCGCCUUUACCGUGAUGGCUAUGACUGUCGCUGCGUCAGCCACGAAUCUCUUCGUCUCCGACUAUAACGGCUACGUCAACACUUACUCGCUUACUGCGCGCGAAGGCAACUAUUCCCUCACAAGCAUCUUCAAUACAACCGAGUGCGCGCCCAAUCCGAGUUGGCUAACAAUUGACACGAACCGUGGCCUCCUCUUCUGCAUGAACGAAGGUCUCAACACAGUCAACGGCUCCCUCAGCUCCUUCACCAUCAACGGAGACGGCAGCUUGACGCAUGUGGAGAACACAACAACCCCUUCGGGCCCAGUCCACGGCGUUAUCUACGGGAACGCAGCAGGCCAGCGUGCUAUCGCACUAGCCCACUACACCGGCUCUGCGGUCACAUCUUGGCUCCUUCAGGGCGGCGGAAGGUUUGCAGAAAACCAGGAGCUCUUCUUCACCCUUCCGCAACCAGGCCAGAAUCCCUCACGGCAAGAUGCGCCGCAUGAGCACGAGACUAUACUUGACCCUACGGGACAGUAUAUCCUUGUUCCCGAUCUGGGAGCCGAUCUUGUCCGUGUCUUCUCGUGGAACCAGACUACGCUGCAAUUGAAGGGUCUUGCACCUCUGCAAGCACCUCCCGGCUCCGGCCCUCGCCACGCGGCGUUCUGGAACCCAUACGGCACGUCAUGCGAGAAUUGCACCACCUACUUCUACCUAGUUUCAGAGCUUGCAAGCACCGUGACAGGAUAUGCGGUCAGAUAUUUGCCGAACGGUGGCGGGCUGAACUUCACGCAAGUCUUUGUGAGCAGCACAUACGGUAUCCUCAACAAACCGCAAGGCAAUGCGCCAGCUGAGAUAGCGGUCACUCCUGACAACCGUUUCCUCGUCAUCUCGAAUAGAAACAACACUUCAUUCGGUCUGCCAGGGCCGAACGGGACUGUUAUCCCUUCCGACUCAUUGUCAACGUUCCGUCUUGUUGAUGACGGCACGCUCGUCUUUGUACAACUUUGGGCUUCAGGCGGGUCAUACCCACGGCAGUUCAGCAUUGACCGUACUGGAAGCCUUGUCGCCGUGGGUAACCAGUACAGCCAGAACAUUGCGAUCCUGGCACGAGAUGUCGCAACCGGUCUUAUUGGCGAGCCAGGUUAGUUUUCGAAAGCGUGCGGUAUGCCAUCAUGCUAAUUGCACUUCGUAGUGGCGCGAGUCACUGUUCCCGGAAACACAACGUGCAUACAAUGUAAGCCAGCCCGUGAUCCUCAUGG